AUGUCUCCCGCAUCGCCGAAAAGACGCAAGCUUGAUCACAAACCAGUUGACAAGGUGCCGAACGAUCAAGAUCAUGACGACGAAGCGUCCGACAAUGCGUCAAGCAUCGAGGAAUAUGCACCUGUCUCCAAGACAAGACCUGCACAGGCGCAGUCUAAAUCAAAACAUACAGGAAACGAUGGAGAAGCGGCGCUUUAUUCAGGAGGACUUUUCAAAUCCAGCGCGUUCAAGUUUCAAGUCGAUUAUCUGCUGGAAGACUCGAGGCCCAACUACGAAAAGGUGUUUGCGAAAGCUAACGAAACAUUGAGCAAGCUCAAGAGUCUAAUUGAGUCUAUCGAUUCUCGAAAACCUCUUUCUGUUACCGAAGCCACCAAGAGUCUCCAAAAAUUACACAAAAUUACCAUUCCAUUUCCUUCUCCAAAGCCAGAUAAAGAUGCUGCAUAUAAAUUUUCAUACGAGAAGCCUUCGAAUAUCAACGUCGUAGGCAGUUACCCGCUCAGAACUAUAUCGAAGGUGGUUGACGCGGAAUAUUUGCCAUCUAUUGACAUGGUGGUAAUCAUGCCGGCUUCGAUAUUACAAGAGAAGGACUAUCUGAACUAUCGAUAUUUCUACAAGAGAGCCUACUAUCUUGCGUGUAUUGCUGCUGGGUUGCUGGAAGCGAUACAGGAUGAGUUCAUAAUAAAGUUCAGAUAUCUGAAUGAUAAUGACCUCCAUCCGAUUUUAUGCCUUACUUCAAAGCCAGCUGAAGGAAAGGCCCAUUCCAGAUACGAGAUAAACAUAAUCCCAGCUGCACCGGCGAAUUUUUUUAGCAAGUCAAAAUUGUUACCAAGCAAGAAUUCCGUACGGCCCAAAGAUGGUGCAGAGGAUGCACCGCUUCCAGCGACACCCUUUUAUAAUUCUUCACUAUUCUCCGAUGCGAACUAUGAACCUUAUCUUCAGGUUCUUCACUCCGCUACAAAACAGUCUGAGGCCUUCAGAGAUGCAGUCGUCCUUGGGAGAAUUUGGUUACAUAAACGGAACCUAGGAGGGUCUCUUUCUCGAGGCGGGUUUGGAAAUUUUGAAUGGGCUUCCUUGAUGGCUCUUCUUUUGAAAGGAGGGGGGCCUAAGGGUCACAGCGUGCUUUCUCCUGGGUACAGCAGCUACCAGAUGUUCAAAGCCAUGCUACAAUUCAUCGCCACAGGAGACAUGGCCAACAAACCUUUCAUGUAUGAUUGUGGCGACGUCAACAUUUCGAAAUCAGACGCCCCAGUUUUUUUCGACGGGCCUCGCGGACAUAAUCUCCUCUACAAAAUGACUGCAUGGUCUUACGCCCUCUUACGUGAUGAAGCUCAAAUAUCCUUGGAAAUGCUCAGUAACGAGACCUUCGACCAAUUCGAGGCUACCUUUGUCUUAAAUGUCUCAGAGUCACUGCAGAGAUAUGACUGCGUUCUUCGUGUUCCGAUGUCAAAAAGGACACCGGCAAGUUCCACAGAUUGCGAUCACUUUUCACCUACUGCGAUGCACGCUCGCCGUAUCUUCAGUGUUUUAUCCGAAGGUCUUAUGGACAGGGUCAAAUUGAUUCAAGUCGCAACAUCAGCGCCUCGAAAAUGGUCAACCAAAUCUAGUGUUCCGACAUUAGAAGAACCGAUUCUGGUAUCUUUUGUUUUCGAUCCGGCCACAGUUGAUCGUGCUGUUGAUCACGGCCCUUCAGCGGAUGAAAAAUCGAAGGCUGCCAAAUUUCAGAAGUUCUGGGGUGACAAAGCAGAAUUACGACGAUUCAAAGAUGGAAGUAUUUUAGAAACUUUGGUCUGGAAUUCCAGAACCACCUAUUCUAUUUUCAACGAGAUAGUCACAUAUCUCAUCAGCCGGCAUUUUGGCUCAGAAAUCAGCGAAGAAAUGAUCUUUAUUGGAGAUAGUUUCAGUAAACUCGUCCCUUUCUCUGACUCAGGCUCGAAGGCGUUUGAUAAUCUCAAACAAGCAUAUUUAAGCUUUGAGAAAGAUAUUCGGGACUUAGAAGGGUUGCCACUUCAGCUCAGGCAGCUUUCUGCGAUCGAUCCUCAGUUGCGCGGUUCAUCUACUUUACCUCCUAUUUUCGGGUCGUCAACUCCGCUGAAAACGCCAGCUAAUGUUCUCAUUCAAUUCGAAGGAUCGGGCAGAUGGCCCGAUGAUGUCGUCGCUAUUCAAAGAACCAAGAUAGCUUUUUUGCUCAAGAUUGGCGCUCAGCUACAAGAGGCUAACGACGCCAUUGACACUCGCGUCGGUCUUGAGAACGAAGAAAGUAAAUUUCAAAACUGUGCAUUUUUGGACGUCAGGUAUGACUCGGGGGCAAUAUUUAGAUUACGGAUUCACCAUGAUAGGGAACAGACGCUUCUGGAGCAUAUACUCAAAGACAAGUAUACCGACUCCCGAACUCGAGAAGAUGCAAUACUGGCCUUAUCGUCAUACAAAAGAACAUUUAUUCAACUGCCUCUUUUGACGCAAUCUAUCUCCACCCACUGUACACGGUUUCCACUAUUGUCGCCCACGAUUCGAUUAGUGAAGCUAUGGUUUGAUCAUCAUAUGCUCUCAGCUCAUAUCAACGAUGAGCUGAUUGAACUUAUUGUCUCACGGAUGUUUAUGUUGCCAUACCCGUGGCGCGUUCCGUCAUCAGUAAUGGCCGGGUUCUUGAGAACACUGAUGUUUAUCGAACGUUGGGAUUGGCGGCAUCAGCCACUAGUGGUUGAUUUCACGGGCACUAUGACUAACAAGGACGUCGCCUCAGCAAAUACGCGACUCGAAGCGUGGAGAAAGCUUGAUCCAGGGAUGAAUCGAACUGUUGUUUUCGCUGCAUCCAAUCAUGAUGUUACUGGUGUAGCUUUUACAGAUCAGGGUCCUUCAAAGGUCGGAGCUUCUCGGAUGACAUCUCUGGCAAGCUCAGCGUACCGACUAGCUAAGGAUAAAGGGUUGUCUCUAGAUCCCAGAUCUUUGUUUGUCACUUCGACUUCUGAUUACGAUUUUGUGAUUCAAGUUUCACCGAAAUUCAGUGCUGAUCGAAAGAAACAAGCAGCAUCCACAGGGAAAUACAAGAAUCUCGUUGUUCAAUCAGAGGGAAGUUUUGAGGGCGUUGGCUAUGAUCCUACGCAAGCUUUUAUAUCAGAGUUGAAGGGAGCAUAUACCAGCAGUGUUGUCUUCUUCCACGGGGCCGGAGCAGUAUUACAUAUAGGUGGACUUUGGAAUCCACAGACUGUAUCCGCGCGGCCAUUUAAAAUCAACCUUGCAUAUGCCACAAAAGUCUCUGACGGGCAAGAAGAAGCAGAGCCCGAGAACGUCGAAAUCGAUAAAUCAGCAAUACUUUCGGAAAUUGCGAGACUUGGGGGAGAGUUGAUCUCGAAAAUAGAAGUUAAUAGAUGA